UCUACAUGGUAUGAGUUUACUUUGAUAUGUGAGUUCAAAUACACAUCUUCACAUGUAUCAAUGGUGAAGAUGUGUAUUUGAGCGACUGAUCAUGCCUGAGAACAACUCCCUCUUGGUGACAAUAGUGUAUAGUACUGGCAUGUGGCAUGUGACAGAAAGAAAGACAUCAUUAUGAAUGUGAAUGAUAGAACAUUGUUGAUAACAAUAAAAUAGAACGGAAAAAAUAGAUUAUUCUCAGAAAACUCUUUUAAGUAAACGUUUUAAGAAAUCUCUUGUAUAAAUAUUUAUGUUGUGGGCAUAAGAAAUUAAUACUGAGGAGAGAAUGAAAUAUGGAAGAGGCUACUAUUAAAAGGACAAUGUUCUCUCUACUCUGUACUUUAUCAUUUCACCCCCAUAAGCCACUCAGAUGCAGCGAUUAGAGUGACGUCGCACGAUAGGUUUUUUUCCUGGGCAGAAAUAAUAUCUACCAAAGAGAAUACUUUCUACCGUCUUCCCCAACCGGGUGCCCUUCAAGACAUCUGGAAGGCACCAUGUUGGGGAAGGCUGACCCAUCAAAAUGAUGAGGGAAAAGCACUACGUGAAACCAAAAAAAGGAAGAGAUAGUCUCUAGUGUUAAAAAGUAUAAAAGUUUUAAUCCCUUUGUACAGAUGUCUCAAACGUUUAAAAAUGUAUUGUUGUUACAAGACUUUUUGAAUAAAAGCUCGAAGUUUCGGAUCUGCCAAUCCUUCUUCAGGAGCUACGAACAAAGAAAUUUUUUUGAACAACACAUGUCAUAUUUAUAUUGAAUAUCAUUAUACACGAGAAAGAGUAAAAGUCUGAGGAAAAAAACAAGAGAACAAAAGGAAGAAAAAGAAAAAGAAAACAGAACAACACCUUUUCUUCUUUGUAAUUAAUAGUAACCUAACCUUGACUGGAAAAUAUUAGUAUUGUAUAUUUUUUACAGCAAUUUAUUUAUAACUUAAGAUGGUGACCUUGGAGUCUGCAUUAUAUAAAUAUGGGUUAAAAGCUUUCAACUUGUAAACUUUGUUCAAAUAACAGGAUUUGUAUUCUUAACUUUUUAAUUUUUCGUGAUAAUUGUCUAUGUGGAAAAUUUUCUGCUUUUGUAUAUCCCCCCUUUUUGUCUAUAGAGGUUUAUUUCUUUUUUAUGUCUAACAAUUAUGUUUCUUUUAUCCCUUAUUCUAUAUAUUACACACAGAACCCUCACACAAUUUCUCCUUAGACAAUGCAUCUACUGACCUGAUAUAACAGAAUAACAUGAACUACACAAAAGUCCAAAUGAAGCAGUCAAAAGAUUUCCUUGCGUUCUUUUUGCCUGUUGUGUCUGCAGCAAACGUUUUUCUGUUUGUUAAGAAGAGUCAGCUGUUAUACAUUUCUGUGGUUGCUCUAACACUCAGGGAGACCCUUUGGAUGUGAUCCUGUCAAAACUUAGCGUUUUUUGCCCUGGGUAAGGUCUUUCUUUUUUAAAUGAAAUAUUGUGCCUAUUGCAACUAUUUAGUAUCUUACUGUAUUCCGCUCCAGGGAAUCAUUAAGCCCAUGGCGUUGUAAAGAUUUCAAGGAUAAAAUCCAAAAGAUCUCCCUCCUGCUCAAUUUUCACCUCUUGGUACUUUUUCCAAAGUCCAGAAAAUAAUAAGAGUCUGGUUUAUGUUUGUAUUCUUGAAAAUGCUGUACCAAGGGUGCUCCGGAUCUUUUGUGUCUGAAAUUACACAAAUGUUCAGCAAUUCUAAUCUUAAGUGGUUGAGAAGUCUUUCCAACAUAAAGUUUUUUACAGGGGCAACUGAUGGCAUAAAUUACUCUGGCAGUCCGGCAAGUUAUAAAAUCAGAAAUAACUACUUCCUUUCCACUCUUUUGGUUGGUAAAAGAAGGGACCUUAUUGGUAUGUAUGCAGUAUGUUCACCGUCCACAUGGAUGGAAACCCUGAUGACUUGGAAGAUGCGGAAAAAAGGAUUGGGUGAUUACGUUGUUUUUUUGUAGGAACGUAUGGUCAGUGUGUACUAACCAAUCUUUUAAGUUCUUUGUCCUCUUAAAGGUGAUGAGCGGUCUCGAAGAUAAAUCUGAUGAAUCUUGCACAAAUUCCCAGUUCUGAUGUAUAUGUCUUUGGAGUCGUUUAGUCACUGCAUUGUAUGGUAGAACACAAGAAAUCCGUUCCGGCGUGUGUUUUGCUUUGGACUCUAAACUGUUCUCUCGUAUGUUGUUCCUGGCUUUUUGCCUUGCUGUUUCAAUGAUUGCUUGCGGAUAGCUUCUAGCCUUGAAGUGUGUGGCUAACUCUUCGGAUUCACGCUUGAAGUCUUUGUGCUGGGAACAAUUUCUUUUGAGCCGGAGAAGUUGGCUGUAUGGCUGCCUUCUUUCUCCUGCUCCUCCUCCUGGUGUGCGCAAGUGUAGCGGGCAGCGCGGCGCUUCCUUUCCUGCUGCUGAGGGAGGAGGAAGGGGGCUCUGGGUGAGCAUGCCGCUGGGCAGGUGCAAGCAGCGCUGUGUCUAGCCCUACUCAGAAGCAAGCAGGACAAGACGUCUGAAUGAAUUACCCCGCAACACUUUUGAAGAGCAUCCCAAAUUCAAAGUCUCUGCAUGUCUACUCACAAGUGACGACAGACUUGCUGACACGGAAUGGAAAAGACAUUGCCUUUGCCCCUUACAGCUCAAUGUGGAAAUUGCAGCGCAAGCUGGUGCACUCUGCACUCUGCAUGUUUGGAGAGGGAUCUCUGGCUCUCGAGAAAAUCAUCUGCGAAGAAGCAGCUUCCUUGUGUGAAAAUCUGACUGCUACACAGGAUUCACCCUUGGACAUGGGAAUUGAACUAACACAUGCUGUUACUAAUGUGGUGUGCUCCCUCUGCUUUAACUCUUCCUACCAGCGUGGAGACCCUGAGUUUGAGGUCAUGCUCAAAUACAGCCAAGGCAUUGUGGAAACUGUAGGCAAGCACAGCAUAGUGGAUAUCUUCCCAUGGCUUCAGAUCUUUCCUAAUAAAGAUUUGGUCUUGCUAAGGAAGUGUGUGAAAGCCAGAGACCAGCUCCUACAUGAGAAGUUUGCAAAACAUAAAGAAAUGUUCAGCAAAGAUUCCGUCAAUGACCUAAUGGACACACUCCUGAAAGCCAAACAGAACAACGACAACAACAACAGUCAUCUAUUGCCUGGGGAGGAGCUGACGGAUGAUCAUUUGCUCAUGACAGUGGCUGACAUCUUUGGGGCUGGUGUGGAGACCACUACCACUGUGCUGAAGUGGAAUGUACUCUAUCUUCUGCACUAUCCAGAGGUGCAGCAAAAGAUCCAAAUGGAACUAGAUGAGAAGGUAGGCUUUAACAGACAUCCCCUGCUAAAUGACCGGCAGCAUUUGCCUUACUUGGAUGCUACGAUUAGUGAGGUUCUGCGCAUCCGUCCUGUUGCUCCACUCCUCAUCCCUCAUGAGGCACUAGAAAAGACAAGCAUUGGGGAAUAUGACAUUCCUAAAGGAGCUCAAGUUGUGAUCAACCUGUGGUCCAUUCACCAUGAUGAAAAAGAGUGGGACAAACCACAGGAAUUUAAUCCAGGUCGUUUCCUAGAUGAAGAUGGGAACCGAAUCUAUUCUCCCUCACCCAGUUACCUCCCCUUUGGAGCUGGUGUCCGUGUUUGCUUGGGAGAAGCCCUGGCGAAGAUGGAGCUGUUUCUCUUUCUGGCUUGGACUUUGCAAAGAUUCACAUUGAGCAUACCUGAAGGCCACUCAUUACCUGAACCAGAGGGUAAAUUUGGUGUUGUGCUUCAAGUACCAAAGUUCAAGGUGAAGGCUACACUGCGGGAAGCUUGGAAGGGAAACAAAUAGUUUAGUGACUUAUUUGGGUCUAGAAUCAGUUGCCCUAAACAAAGAGAUGGAGACUGGAUUCACACGACAUCCUAACCCUUAAUGGUUUAUUUUCUGGAACAACCCAUGAUGAGUUAAGUGUGUGGUUUUGGGAUAUUUUCACCCUCAUGGUGGGUUAUUUCCCCCAAAUAAGCCACCCUGAGAAGCCAUGGUCUGCAGUACAGAGUAUUUUACCUAUGAUGAUUUAGCAUGUUAACUGUUGUGCAUUGUGGCUUUCAGAGUUUGCCUACUUGGAGUCUGUACUAUCUUGCAGGGUUAGAGGUGCAGACACCCAUUGCUCACAUUUGGCCUGAAGUUUCUCUCAUGGAUAAAUAAAACUUCCUGCUAGAUGACCUGAGGAAUGAGGGUACCAAACAAAAUCAAGGCAGGAGGCAGAAUGUAGGAUGGUAAAGAGGAAAAUCAACAAAAGCAGGUGGAAGGAGACAACAUACAAUGUUUAUGCAUAUGGGGAGGAUAUUCACAAUUUUGUCAUCUACUAAUCAAGUAAAAUUAAAUCCAUGAACAUGGAUAAAUAGAGGCCUUUUAAGAAAAAGGAUACCUGUAAGGGGUAACCCAUAGCUAUUACACACAGUUACAUACACACCUUGUAUUUUAGUACAAAAUAUGAAGAAUGGGACUGUUCUUGGAAGUACAACUUGAAAUUUUUGAAAAGUUGGACUCUUCACCUCAACAGAAGUAUAAUUAAGUGGACAAGGAAACAGUUAUCCCCAACCUUUUUGGACCCAUGGACACAUUUGGGAAUUUGAGAUAAUACUACAGGAACCACCACAAAAUGCCUAAUCAGUGGGACGCUGCUUUGGCACUUAACUUUCACAUCUUUGGAUCUUAGGCAGCGUCUUAUUCAGAAAAAACUUUUGCUUUGUCUCUGUUGGAGGUUAUUGCAGGAACAGUCUUUAAUAUUCACCAGUGUACACACUUUUAAAUGAUUUACCUGCUUUAUGGAAAUUAACAAAUGGUCAGCGUGAAUGGAUUCUCUGCACCUUUUUGAGUGCUAAAAGAUUAAUAUUACAACACUGAAAGGAUAAACAUUCAACAUUCCUAUAAUGCAGUGGAUUGAGGACUUUACAACACUUUCAGUAUGUGAAAGGGUGGCAUAUAGACAUCACCUUCAAAUGGAUACUUAUUUGGAUUUUUCCACUUUUGUUGUAGUCCGUGCGUAAUUUCUAGAAAGUUAUAUGCCUUUCAUACAAAUCCAUGUAUGUAUAUUUAAAAAAAUGCAAAAAAUACCAUGACUUAUAGCUAUUGCAGUAAUGGUUGUAAAUAGUAGAGUACUAUAGCCAAAUUCUAGGCAAGUGAUGGUUUUACUAGAUAUCCUUGGGAAGUCACUUAGCUUUUGAUCUCCAUUUGUAGGAUAGGCAUAGUAACUGGAGUAUUGUGAGGCUGACUUAGCCAAGACAGUACAUCGUUAAAAGUGCUAUGUUAAUUCCUUUGUCAUUGUUAAUGUUGCUAUUAUUAUGGAAGCCUUGGAUCAUCAGCUUUGGGACUCUACUGGGGCCACAUUCAGACAUCACUUUAAGUCAUGAUGGGUUAAUAAGCUACUCGCAGUAGCUUAUUUUAAAAAUAAGCUCUGUUAUCCCCCACACAAUCAGACAAAUAAGCUACCCCCCAUCCCCUGUCCUGCUGCAGUCCUCCCGCCUCAGCAGUGGCGCUGUUUCACCCAUUGACAACAUUGCAGCAGCCUGUUUUAACUUCUACAAUAUCCCAGUGAGAGGGGAGAGGUUAAUUCAGCGCUUCCAACUUCAUCCUGAUAAGGAGGGUGGGUGAGGCUCUAGAGAGCUAGAAGUAGGCAAGAUUGGGACCAAAUUUCAUACACAGCCUCCCCUAGUUGGGAGAUACCUGGUGCAUCAUAAAAACCCUGCCCAAUUACACACAAAGGAGCAAAAAAAACCAGGUGCACCAUAAAGGAGGUGGCACAGAUAAACCCUUGGAAGUUUGUGGAAUCAGGACCAAACUUCAUACACAAACUCCUUUAGUCAGGAGGCACCUAAUGCACCAUCAAAACCCUGCAUAUACGGCCCAUUGAAAACCCUGUGCACUGAUAAAGCUACACAAGCAAAAGCACCUUUUUGCUGAAAAGAGGGUGGUAUCUAUAACUCCAUGGAAGUUUGCAGGAGUCGGACAAAUUUCAUGCACAGUCUCUCCUGGCAGGGAAGCACACAAGGCAAAAUGACAACCCUGCGCAGCUGCUGACACCCAACUGACACUUGGGGAGUUUGCAGAGCGAGCCACUGGGGAAAGGGUUAGAGUGGGUCGGGCUGCAAGCACCAUCAGUCACUGGGCACAUCAAGGAAACAGAGAUCUGCUGGCCAGCACUGGUUUUGAUUGCUUUUGCCAAUAGUCUAUAACCAAAGUAACCAACUGUGACCGCCACACAAUGUAAUAACCCAUGAUGGGUUAAAUAGCCCACUCUGCAGAGAGGGUUAUUUUGGCCAAAUAAGACAUUGUGGGUUAAAAAAAACUCCCGACAGAUGACACAAUAACCCAUGAUGAGUUGAAUAAGCCAUCAUGGCUUAUUCAACUCAUCAAGGGUUAGCAUGAUCAUAGAAUAGCAGAGUUGGAAGGGGCCUACAAGGCCAUCGAGUCCAACCUCCUGCUCAAUGCAGGAAUCCACCCUAAAGCAUCCCUGACAGAUGGUACCUGCUGAAAUUCCCCCUUCUACACAACUUAGGGUGGCCCUAUAGAAAGGAGGACAGGGCUCCUGCAUCUGUCCGAACUCUGUCUAGAUAUAGCUUUUCUUUAUUUCUUUUGUGUCUUCAAUUUUCAGUGGGACAUGACCAAAGGUUAAUGAUUUUGUUAAGAGAAACAAGCAUAUAGGGUAAAAUACAGCAUUUUUUCUAUUUCUAAAAUGCCUGUUUUAUGUGUUCAGCAAUAUUGCAAUAAAAGCUCUUAGGUGUCAAUGAAA